ACCCACCACACAGCAGGCACUGGCUAAACCUGCCACACCACCAUGCCCCCCAUUGGGCAUUCUUUACAUAAUAAAUUAUUGCAGGGUCAUAUAUAUUUACAUGUGUAAAAAUGGCAUGUUCCACCCACAUUGCCCCGUUUUAUCGGUAGUUACUGUCAAAUGACCAUUUUACAUUUUUCUGCGAUUUAUGUAACAAGUCCAAGACAGUCACUGGACCACCCAUGAGUCUCAGAGAAUAACAAAUGAAUAAGGCCUUUCGUUUAAAGUCUGGUCCACACAUUUACUCCGAGUUAUCCUGAAGACAGUCAAACCUGUGAUGCUGUUGAGUUUUAAUUUCUCAACAUUUCCAGUAUUUUAAAGUGUUUAAAGUUAAAAAUGCCAGUUUAGCUCGUUUUCACCACAUCACAAACAAAAUACACCUAAUUCGUACACAUUCGUACUUUAAGAACAAAAUAACGACAGGACGUACUACUGUUAAUCUUUACUUAUAUGCCUCCUUUCCACUUACAUUUCAACAUUCGGAUGAUUGAGCCAUUUCUACAGCACGGUGUUCUUACUGUAUUACUUCUGGGGUAAGAACCUUGAUGAAGGGCACUAGCAGACAGUGGUGUUCGUUCUAAGAACCUUUGUCAGAGACCGUUAACCACCACGACACACGGCGUCCAGUGUCACACAACAAGGCACCUAAUGUACUUAGGUUUUCGUGUUUUUUUCUGUGAAAUACCUUAAAAUCUUUACUCUGUGUGUGUGUGCGUGUCUUUGUGAAUUCUCUUUCGCGUUUGAACUGCUUCUCUCCUACAUCGAGGGGACAUUCGGUUAGGUAGGAGCGCGAGCCGGCAGCGCUGCCACAGUGCAUGUGAGGGAAGGCAACGCGCGACCGGCGCGGAGACGCAGCAGGGACACGACACUUCUUCCUGCCUCCUAUGUGCUCGUGCAGCGCGGCCACGCGGGCGAUUUCGGCAAAGGGAAGGAGGAGGGCAGGACGUGUGCCGCGAAGCAAAGUGAGAGCACAGACAGACUCUCGGAGCGCAGGGAAGGUACCGGGAGGAACGCGCUCGCGCUUGUGUUCACGUCCGCGUUCGCGUUCAUGUCAACAGCUGUGAAUAGCUCGAAAGGGGCAGCGUCUGGAGCGGUGGGUCCGCAGCCGCAGCCGUGUUACUGCGCCGCUCCUCUCCGACACACAUAGUGCCUGUGACAAGGGAAGUCGCGGUUUGCUGGCAACACUUGUGAAGGUGACACUCUCUGGGUUUGUGCUCGCGCCCGCGGACGUGCUCAGCAGCAGGAGAGCAGACACGGCGGUGUCCGCACCGGGACGCGUGACGAGGAGCCUGCUGCCGCUGCAGCUGCAACUGCUUCUCCGGCGUCUUAUUCUUAUUGGGUUUAUCUUCAAAGAGAGAAUGACAUGACCUUUCCCACGCCGGGUUCCCAUCCAGCACGUGUCUCUCCGUAUCUGCCCUCUGCUGCCAUCAGGAUGCGGCGCGCGCCUCGCCUCGCUCUUUCAACGGGCAUCUCUUACGCAGUUGGUUCUUUCGCCGCUGCGCAUGGGGACUUCGCGCUGCUUUGUGACUGACACGCGCUCAUAGGUGUGUGUGCUUGCGCCACUUUGCAGCCCUCGUUCACGGAGGAUCCGAGCGGACUGUCACUUGGCGCAGUGGGUGCGAGUGGAAGGCAAGGCGGCCGAGGCCAUGGGCGAAGCUGUGCCCUCCACCACCAAGGCGCUCUACAUCGGCAUGGAGGUGGCGAUCGCCGUGUCCUCCGUCCUAGGCAACGUGAUGGUGGUGUGGGCUGUGAAGAUCAACCGGUCGCUCAGAGAUACAACUUUCUGCUUCAUCGUGUCUCUGGCCUUGGCGGACAUCGCGGUUGGAGCGCUGGUUAUCCCUCUCGCCAUAACCAUCAGCAUCGGCCUGAAAACGCACUUCUACAGCUGCCUACUGGUGGCCUGCACCGUCCUGGUUCUCACCCAGAGCUCCAUCCUGGCCCUCCUGGCUAUUGCGAUGGACCGCUACCUGCGGGUCAAGAUCCCAAUGAGUUACAAGAGGGUGGUGACACCACGUCGUGCUGGGAUGGCUGUGCUGCUGUGUUGGACGGUUGCUUUUGUGGUGGGCCUUACACCCAUGCUGGGCUGGAACAACCUUCAGAAGCUGCAGGAGAAUGGUACACUCACUUCUGAUCUCAAUAUCACCUGUGAGUUUGAGACCGUCGUCAGCAUGGAGUACAUGGUCUACUUCAACUUCUUUGGCUGGGUUCUGCCACCGUUGCUUGUGAUGCUUCUCAUCUAUGUAGAGAUCUUCUACAUGAUCCACCGGCAACUCAACAAGAAGGUGACAACAGGCCACGCAGAUCCCAGCAAGUACUAUGGCAAGGAAUUGAAGCUGGCCAAGUCACUGGCUUUGGUGCUCUUUUUCUUUGCUGCUAGCUGGCUACCACUGCACAUCCUCAACUGCAUCACACUCUUCUGCCCAGACUGCCAGAAGCCCACAUUCCUUAUCUACAUUGCUAUCCUUCUCAGCCACGGCAACUCAGCUGUCAACCCCAUUGUCUACGCCUUCCGCAUCAAGAAGUUUCGUUCAGCCUUCCUCAAGAUUUGGAAGCAGUAUGUGUGCUGCAAAGAGACACCCCCGCAAGGGAACUACAUGAGUGAGCGUGGGCCAAGCCUGGACAUGCGACAGCACCGCAACAGUAACUUAUGAUUCACCUGGGUUUGAGAGGGAAAUGUUCCCUGCUGGUCUAAAUGUGAACCUUGGAAAGGGUGCUGCUCACCAUGGUCAUGUGUGCUUGAUCCAUUCAAGACCUGCUUGGGCCCGAAAACUGAUAUCCUACACACAUGUGGAAGAGGAAGGAGAAAUUUUAAAAGGUGGGGAGCUGGUAUGGAGACCUGGCCAUUGACGCUGACAUCUAUUUCCAUUUCUUGCCACUUAAACUAAAGGAGGGCUAUAGUUGAAAAUGCUUAACUGUCGCCACUUGUGUCCAUUCAAGUCUCGACUGUGAACAUUCGAGUCUCGGCUUGUGCAAUCUGUAUGGCUGCAUACAUCCUGCAGUUGUUUCUCAGCCACAGACAAGUAACCUCAAUGUGAAGCCCCUGCCUUAAUUCAAUGGCGAGGUGAUGGGGGUCAUAACAAUACAAGAAGAGGGAAAAUGCUUUCAAAGUCUCAGAGUUUCUUUAAAUUUCUUAGUAUGUCCAGACUGUUUGGGUGAAUGAGAAGAACAUUGAAAAUUGUGAAGGGAGAGAAAAUUAUUUGGCAUAAACAUGCCCUACUUAUUGAGAAUAUUAACUUUGAGUUUAAUUGCACAACAUAAUUAGGUCCUCAGUAGAUUUAAUGCCUGCAUCAUAAAAAUCGGGUAAUACAUCCCUUUAAUUAGUAUACUACUCUUUUAGUGUUGAUUUCUGAUGGCCCCAUUCCUCCAGCCAUAGGGAACAGGAUCCUGCACAUGACCACUCAAUACCUGAAGAACUUCAGCCCAAACUGGGUUAUAUGCUUCCAUUACAUUGUCACUGGUUGUGUAAAAGGAAUUUCCUGUUUGUGUCUGUUCAGUCUUAAGAGGUUAUUUUUAGACUGAAAACAGUUCUUCUUGGAGUAUCACUUUAACAAGCAUGUAAGUCUUGGGGUUAAUGAGAACGGAGAAGAUUGUCCAUUACUACUGUACUCAUGUUAUUUGUUUGACUUUAUUAAAAGCAAUGCAUAAUUCAACCGUCCUAAUUAUUCAUGAGAUGACAUUUCUACUGUCAAACAAUUUGUUGUUCAGUACAACAACUGAAGAAACGUAUACGUAAUGUAAUGUGGACAGGUUUGAUAAAAUGUGCUCAA